AUGGAAAAAAUAGAUAAGGAAACUAUUCCUUCAACCACAAUUUUUCCUUUGUCAGAGAGUUCCAUUCAUUCAGAAUUACCCGAACUUACAGUUGAUCUUGCAAUGAAUGAAAUAAUUCAACCAACAGAAAAUGAAAAGUUACUUUACUCUUUGAAAUACAUGGUAGAUUCAACAGAAGAUGUUACAAUAGAUGAUACAAUUGUUAAUAUUAUUGUUAAUCACUCGCAAAACUUUUCAGUUCCAGAGAUUUCACUUGAAUCAUUAAAAUUUCUUUACAAAUUCGCAGAGUCAAGCAAUGAUAUUGCAAAUUUCUAUAUAAAUUCUCAAACCAUCAACAAUGUAUGGGUUUUUCUUAAGUCCGAAAUUACUCCAAUCACAAUUGAAUAUCUUAAAGUUCUUCUGAAGUUCCCAUUUGAAAAUAUUCAGUGCAUUCAUGAAAAAGGCAUACUUAUAGAUCUAAUAAACAAUGCAAACAAAGAAAUUCCAAUUUUAUACUUGAAAUAUAUCAGAGUAAUCGCAGAAAGUCAGUUUAUCGACAGAAUAGCUGAAUACUCCGAUGAAAUUCAAAAGAUUGUUACGCCAUUUUAUGAAUUUCAAGAUUUUGAAAUUAUAAGUACUACUCUUAAGAUACAAGUCCAAAUUUUCAUCAAGUUAUCAGACCAGAUAUCAUUUAUAACUAACGUACUCCCAAAAUUUUUGGAAAAUUUCAAUAUCGAAAAUAAAUCAAGUCACAAGUCAAUUGCAUCUAUUAAUUAUUUCAUUUCUUGUUUUGACGUGCUCAGUAAGUUUUACUUUGAUAAUUAUGAGAUUUUUUAUAAUUUUAUUAGAAAAUACAUAUCAAGCUUUAAACCAUCAGCUCAAUGCUUGGCAUUGAAGCAAGUAGCUCGCUCAUAUAAUAUAAUACCUGAUUUAUAUUUAAGUUUCUUAGCUGAUGAAAUUGGACAAUUUUGUCUUGAUAACAUCGAACAACCUUCAUCAGUUAAGAUUCUCAGGCCAUUACUCAGUGUUAUUAAUUCAGUUAUAAGACAUCAAACAGAUAUUGUUGUUCAUGAUUUCGUAAGUGAAAAUAAAAUUUUCGUGAAAAUAUUUGAAUUAAUGCAAACAAGUGAAUUCGAAGCAUUUAGCGAGAGUGUGGAAUAUAUCGUUGGAAUGCUGAAAUAUUAUGGAUAUGAAGACGAGAUUUUCGACCAAGUUUUAGAACUUGAUAUAUUAGAAAAUAUAAGUGAUAUGUGCGACAACAUUAGUGAAGCUUAUCAUGGUCUAAAACCUUCAAAGAAGUUUUAUAAAGAACAAAAUGAUGAAAUUAAAUAUAAAGAAAUUAAAUUGAAAUACAAUAGACUGAAAGGUCUUUACUUUAACUUGACUGAUAUUCUAGAAAUGGCUGAUUGUUGUAAACAGAAAUUCAUCAAAAGUGACACCUCAGAAAAGCUAAAAUAUUGA